CGUACGUACAAUGGGGAAGCUUUAUAAAACGGAAAAUGCAGAGACGAAAAUGGUGCCGACUGCGAACCUUUUCUCUUUGCACCAGCAAUAACCUCUCUCCAGGAUUUCCAUGGCUUCCCUAUUGUCUUUCGAUCGUGAUCUUAAUCAGGUACUUUUUGAAGGAAAGCAUUGGCUACGAAAGGUUGUUCUCAACAGACCAGAGCAGAUGAAUUCGCUUACUCAUGAAAUGGUUUCCGAAAUGAAGAGGGCUUUGGAAGACUAUGAGGUUGAUGACACAAUCAAGCUUGUAAUGUUGACGGGACAAGGCAAAGCAUUCUGUGCUGGUGGCGAUGUUGUUAGAUCUAUUCAACUCGUUUCAAUAGGUCAUUGGAGCUUGACUGCCAUGUUCUAUAGAAAACAACUCUUGCUGGACUAUCUCAUUGCAACAUAUAAGAAACCACUGGUUAUUGUGAUGAAUGGCGCCGUUAUGGGGGGAGGUGCAGGACUAUCCAUGAAUGCAAGCUUCCGAGUUGUCACCGAGAACACUGUGUUUGCAAUGCCAGAAGCCUCAAUAGGACUUUAUCCUGAUGUUGGUGCUUCCUAUUUCCUGUCCCGACUGCCUGCACAUUUUGGUGAGUAUUUAGGACUAACUGGAUCAAGAAUUAGUGGGGCUGAAAUGUUGGAAUGUGGUUUGGCCACUCAUUUUGUUUUCUCAAAGGAUCUAAAAUCUAUGGAAGAUGAGCUAGGCGAGGCAGUGUACAAGGAUGUAUCAACAAUUGCUAGUACUCUUGAAAAGUUUGCUCACAAGCCAAAUUUGAAAGAAGAUAGUGCUUUGACAAGAUUGGAUAUUAUCAAUAAAUGCUUGUCGAAGAAGACCGUUGAAGAUAUAUUGUCGUCUCUUGAAACUGAAGUUGAGAGCUGCAAAGACAAGUGGAUGGUCAAAGCAAUCAAUUCCAUAAAAUAUGCUUCUCCAACAAGUCUUAAGAUUUUCUUAAGAUCCAUUAGAGAAGGACGGAGCUUGACGAUGGAAGAGUGUCUGAGGCAUGACUACACUAUUGUACGUCAUAUGCUACGAAGAACAUUACACAAUGAUUUUUUUGAGGGUUCGAGGGCGAUGUUCUUUGAUAAAGAUAAAAGACCAAAGUGGAAGCCUCCGAGGUUGGAAGAAGUAAGUGAAGAAUUUGUGAAAAACUUCUUCAUCGGUGCUGAUAAUGAUGAAGAUUGGAAUAACUUGGAACUUCCAGAUAGAAACAGAAAAAUGAAAAUUUCAAAAUUGUGAGAGUGAGUGUAUGGGAAAUUGCAUGUUUUCUGUCCCAUAACCUAGAUCCAAUAUAUUUUUAUUAUAUUGCGGGAUUUUUUAAAAUAGUCCAAUAGUUUGUAAAACGUCUCAUUUUCAAUCAUCUUGGGAACUUUCCAUAUAAAAAUGAUGGGACCUGACCAUUAUUUUUUCA